CACGCGCCAUUGGACAGAUGAUCUCCACCAAAGUGUCUGCCACUUACGCUCGGGCCCAUAUGUAACUCUGCACGGCUCCCUCUCUCUCUCUCUCUCUGUUUGCAGCCGAACCGCAACGUCCCUGUCACUUUCACCAACGAUGCCACAGCACUGACAGCACAGAGAGAGCGAGACGGCGCUGCAUCUUCCAGCUGCUGCUCCUGCCUCCUCCUGUACACAUCCCUUCCCAAAUAAAGAGCACAGAAAGAGAUCUUUUAAACAAAACACGUCGUUCUUGUUUUCUGUCUCUCUCUGGUGAGUCUCUACUUUUUUUGUGUGUUGUUGUUGUUGCUGCUGGUCUUCGCCCUAAACGCUGAUUUGCUCUGCUGAGGAUUGAAAGCAAUGCAUAUUCAUUAAGGCGUUUAUAUUUAUUUAUUUUCGGGACCCCCGGCCCUCAAGCGACGCGCAACCUCAUUCACAAUAAAACAUUGGUGAAAUGAGUUUGCAUUUUUAUUCUCUCGCAAACAAAGGUAUAUGGGGAGGCCGAGAGCAACGCGGAGGAGAGUUUUUUCUUUCAUCAGAACAAGCCUUGAUGAUGGAAGAUCCAAGUGCUCACAAGGGCUUUUGGGAGAGUGAUGCCAGCAGAGCUGUCCAGCAAUGUCUGACCAACAUUUUCACCAGCGUGUAUACAACCUGUGACAUUCCAGAAAAUGCCAUCUUUGGACCGUGCGUGCUCAGCCACACAUCCCUCUACGACAGCAUCGCUUUCAUUGCUCUGAAAUCAGCCGACAAAAGAACCGUGCCCUAUAUUUUUCGGGUGGAUACUUCAGCAGCGAACAGCUCCUCCGAAGGCUUAAUGUGGCUCAGGCUUGUCCAGUCGGCCAGGGAUAAAGAAGAACAAAAUCUGGAGGCCUAUGUGAAAAACGGCCAGUUGUUUUAUCGAUCUCUGAGGCGGAUUGACAAAGAUGAAGAAUUACUUGUGUGGUAUGGGAAAGAACUGUUGGAGCUGCUGCUUCUCAGCAACGUCCGGGCACAGGCCAAAAUAAAUGGAUCUGCGCCAUAUACAUGCCUGGAGUGCAGCCAGCGAUUUCAGUGUGAAUACCCCUUCCUAGCACAUUUGCGAUUCCGCUGUCAGAAAAGGCUGGGCUGCAUUGCCACGGACGAGAACACCAAGAACAGCGGAGACCGUGAGCACCAAACAGUUGUCGGCUCCAGCGUUAAAUUCAGCCGAUCCGAGCGACUAUCUGCCUUUGCCAAUGUCGAAAAUACCAAAACCAUCACAGAUUUUCACAAUCUCGCCAGAGAUAUGGAAAAUCCAAGAGAGAAUGCGAGGAACCGUCGAGAAACGGAAAGCAUAAAUGAAAAUAAGAGAAAGUACGAUGAGGCGGAAGAAAAGAGUGACAAUAUUCUGCACGCUGCAAAACUGUCCGAGAGAACACUGACUAUCCCAAGAGAAAAUCUUCUCUGUCCUUCCCAGCAGCUCAGAGGAGGUUACUUCAACCUGAGGGAAAAUGGAAGGUUAAUGGGACCAUCCAGCCCGGACGCUGCAGACACCAAGCGAAGCGCCUUCUUUGAGGUGAAACGAACUUCCCUGAACCUUAAACAGAUCCCGAAAGAUAGUGUCGCCGACAUAGACGGUAAGAGUGGUGCAGCGCCCAUCAGCAGCUCUCCCGAGAAGCCGCUGGACGUCAAGUCUGUCCUGACUGAAACACAAGUCCCUUCCUGCCUGGACAACAUUGCCAUGGGCAGUGCGUUUCGGAGCGUCUCUCAGCUGUGUGGCGGCGAGGAAAGGAAGAGUGCAUUCUCGCAGCCAGCCAGGUCCUUUACCCAGCUCUCUCCACUCUUGGUGUCCCAGAAAGUGAUUCCUGGCUUGGAAUGUCACCCUGCCGUCGGUGACUCUGCGAGGCUUUAUCCAGCCAAUGCUUUAACUGCAAAGCUCCAGAGCGCGGAGGUGAACGGCAAUUGUACCAUGCAAGGGGGCCUAGCUAAACAAAGCCCUUUCGUCUAUGCCACCGCCUUCUGGCCGAAGGCGUCAGGGCCCAUUCAGCUGCAAGUCCCAUCCGCACUGACCCUCCUUCCUCCUUCUUUCACAUCCUUUUGUUUACCCGCGCAGAACUGGUGUGCCAAAUGCAACGCUUCUUUUAGAAUGACAUCCGAUUUGGUGUACCACAUGAGAUCGCACCACAAAAAGGAGUACGCCAUGGAGCCGCUGGUGAAAAGGCGAAGGGAGGAAAAGCUUAAAUGUCCUAUUUGCAAUGAAUCCUUUAGGGAACGUCACCACCUCUCCCGGCACAUGACCUCUCAUAACUGAACUGCAAGUGUAUGGCAGCUUACCAUGUCAACUCGAGACAACUCAAGAACAAACGAAGGGAAGGGGAGAUUGUGAUGCACACAUUAUCACUUUACAUUGAACAUUUUUUACUUCCCACAAAACAAAAUAUACAAAUGCGUUUUGUCAUAACUUUAUUUCCAUUUAAAUGCGUUUCGCGCUUAUGAAAGUUUGGCAGAGCAAUAUAUGAUAUUAUCAUGUUUAAGGACAGAAUUUUAUUUUGGAUAUAAGAAAAGUGAGAGAAUGGAUUUCAGUUUAUUGACCUCAUUGAUACAUUCCAAUGAUAUUAAGAUAAUGAAGGCUGUACAAGCGGGAACUGCCAGGGCGGAAGGCUGGAAAAGUGCAUGUCAGAAUGGUAGAUACCAACACCAAAUACAGGCGGGAAAGUACCGAAUCUACAUCUUUUCUUUUGUAAAUAUUUUCGUUUUAAAGAUCAAACGUACUAUUUUGUGCCAGUGAUAAGAAGUCUCAACAGUUAUUGUAUUUCUCACUCUUGGCGAAAUUUACGAAUCUUGAUAGUUUAUCUGGUCAUUUUGGCUGGCUUCAACAAUAAAUAGCUUUAUUUUUACUUGA